UUGCGGUUUAGGGAUGCGAGGGGUACCUUCUCAUCCGCACUAGCAAAAGCAUCGACUGAAACGAUGAUGCCGUGUGAGUGGUGGGCGAUGUACGGAGUCGACACGCCCGCACUGCAGUUAUUGGCAGUCCGUGUUCUCACACAGACUGUAUCCUUCUCACCUUGUGAGAGGAAUUGGAGCACAUGGUCACUCAUACACACCAGCAAGAGGAACAGACUAGCAUAUGAGAAGCUGCAAAAGCUCGUUUACUGUCAUUACAAUAUGAAGUUAAGAGAGAGACAGUUGCGGGUAGACCGAGACAUGGAGGAAAAUCAAGACCCGUUAGACUUGUUGUCUAUAGGUAACAUGGCACAGAUAGGUGAUGAUGAUGACCCACUUUAUGAGUGGGUCAAAUCAGCUGAUUUAGAUGAUACGGAGGGAGGCCCUGCUCCACAGGUAGCCGAGGGAGCAGCGGCUCUGGGUAUCGAUGUCGAUUAGGUAGUAGAGGAACAGAAGGCGGAUACAGACUCCUUUGAUCCUUUGGUGAGGAAUUCGGCACGUUUCAAAGAGGGUGAGGAAGCAUCUUCACGGCCCCCUCCUCAUCAAGUCGUAAUGAGUGAUGAUGAUGAUGAGACUUAACCCCCACUUGACACUGGUCCUGGGGACGAUGACGACGAUGACGGUGAUGAGGGAGGGGACGGACGCACCGACACUAGUAUAUGUGGUACUAGUGGGGGUGGGGGUGGCAGUGGUGGGGGGUACACAACGGCUCAGAGCCAACGAUCCAUUGGCCAGUUCACUGAAGAGCAGAGCUUUGACCAUGCCACUCAGGACGAGGAUCAUGGAUCUCGUCCACCAUCCAGGGCAAGAGCAUCAGAGCCCAGAUAUAUGUUCGAGUGUCAUUCGAAGAAGAAAGCUGGACGCACCGCGGUUGAUGCUCUCACACGCAGCCUGUCAUCUAUGGACAUAAGUUCAGAUCAGGGGAGCUCCACCUCUGUCUCACCUUAUGCUCAUGGGGGAUAUCACGGGUAUGGCCAUGGCAGCUCUGACAUUCAGUCACGCUCUUCUACCCAUGGGUACAGGCAGCCGGAAGAUAGUUCUUCGAGUCAUGACCCUUUGACAGAAGAAUAUUCGGGGUACCCGUAUGACUGACAACAAUACUAUCAAGGAGUUGGGGUUGGACUUGAUCUAUUCCCUCAGUAUACUGCUCAGGAAAUGUCGUCGAUGUA